AUGUCAUUGAACAACAAACACGGAGAAUGUGUUGACAAUGUGGAACUCAAACUAUAUAAGAAGAAAGAAUUGGAUGUCGUUAUAGAACACGAUAAACCAUCAACAAACAUAAUGCAUAUCCAAUAUCUGUUUGUCAUUUUCCUGAUAACCCUGGAUGUGAUUUGCUCACAACGUCCACAAGGUGAGUGGAAAUCAGUAAAUUUUCAUUCUCAACCUUGUUGA